AUGCAGCACCAGAAACAAAUUAUAGAGGCCCUUGGGAAUAAGAGAGAAGAGGGACAGCUACCUAGUCAGCCCAUAGAAAAUCCAGGGAACCGCCCAACAAUAGGAUUUCAGCAUGGGGAGUCUAGUAGCAUGAAUCUAGGAAAAAACCCACGAAAUGAAAAUGUUAGGACAGUGAAUGCAUUAAGGAGUGGUAAGAUCUUACCUGAUCCUUAUCCCCAAACAUUAGAAGAAAAAGAAAAUGUGGACAACCCAAAACAAAAUCAAAUAGGAGUAGAAGAGGAUUUUAUAGAUUCUACCAAAGAAAUUUCGAAAGAGAGGACAACCAUUCCAUUUCCUAAAGCUCUAGAGCCUAGACAAAGAAAGAAAAAGGAACACAAUGAAGAAAUAAAGAAAAUUUUACAAGAUGUGCAAAUUAGUCUUCCUUUACUCACUGCCAUUGAACAUAUUCCUGAAUAUGCUAGAGUUUUGAAAGAAAUGUGUACACCAAAAAGGGCACCUAGAGUAGAAAAAUUAUCUAUGCAUGCUAGUGCGUUAUUAUUAAAUCAAUUACCAUUUAAAUUGAGAGAUACAGGUGCUCCUUUAAUUUCGUGUGAUAUUGGUGGAUUCAUUUUUCAGAAUGCAUUACUUGACACCGGUGCUAGUAUUAAUUUAUUACCUGCAAGUAUUUGUGAUAAAUUUAAUAUUUCUGAUCUUAAACCUUCUACUGUUACCUUACAAUUUGCUGAUAGAUCCAUAAAACAUCCUAAAGGUAUCUUAGAAAAUGUGAUAGUGACAGUUAAAGGGUGUAAAUUUCCAGCUGAUUUUGUAGUGCUGGAAAUGGAUUUUAAUGGACAGUUUUAUGAUACACCAAUCAUCCUAGGGAGACCAUUUUUGCAUACAGCAAAGAUGAAUAUUGAUUUUCCCACAGGUAUUGCGAAAAUUUCAUGUGGAGAUCAAUCAGUAGAAAUUAAAAUUUUUGAGGUAUCAAAUGAUCUUAAGAAAUCCCAAGUAUAUGAUUGUCAUACCAUAGAUCUUCUAGAUGAUUUUGAUGAUCCAGAUGUUAUUGAUGACUGUGUGCUGGAAGAAUUAGAGGAAAUAGAGAAUAUAAAUUUAGAAGAAAAGAAAGAGGAAGAUCAUCUGAAUUUAGAGUUGAAACCUCUCCCCUCUAGUUUAAAAUAUAUGUUUUUGGAGGAAAAUAAUUCAUUUCCUGUUAUUAUUGCAGCUGAUUUGAGUAAUGAACAGGAAGAAGAAUUAUUAGAUGUACUUCGAAAAAAUAAGAAGGCUAUGGGCUGGAAAAUGGACGAUCUAAGGGGCAUUGAUAUGAGAGUAUGCAUGCAUAGUAUAUAUUUAGAGGAGGGGGCUAGAACUAGCAGGGAACCACAACGAAGAUUAAAUCCUAACAUGAUGGAAAUUGUAAAAAAAGAAAUUUUAAAGUGGCUGGCUGCUGAUAUUAUUUACCCUAUUUCAGAUAGCAAAUGGGUUAGUCCUACACAAGUAGUGCCAAAAAAAUCAGGGAUCACGGUUAUAAAAAACGAAAAUGGGGAGGAAAUACAAACAAGACUAACUACCGGUUGGAGAGUUUGCAUUGAUUAUAGAAAAUUAAAUUCAGUUACUAGAAAAGAUCAUUUUCCCCUACCAUUUACUGAUCAAAUUUUAGAAAAAUUAGCUGGAAAAAACUUUUUUUGUUUUCUGGAUGGAUACUCUGGUUAUAAUCAAAUUUAUAUAAACCCUUUAGAUCAAGAAAAAACAACUUUCACUUGUCCAUUUGGUACUUUUGCUUUUAAACGCAUGCCUUUUGGUCUGUGUAAUGCUCCAGCCACAUUUCAAAGAUGUAUGCUGUCUAUUUUUUCUGAUAUGAUUGGAAAAUGCAUGGAAAUUUUUAUGGACGAUUUUUCUGUUUUUGGUGAAUCAUUUGAUGAAUGCUUAAAUCAUUUACAGCAUGUACUUGAGAAAUGCAUAGAGAAAAAAUUAGUUUUGAGUUGGGAGAAAUCACAUUUUAUGGUUAAAGAGGGAGUUGUGUUGGGUCAUAUUGUGAGUGAAAAGGGUUUAGAGGUGGAUAGAGCAAAAAUCGAUAUUAUAUCUAAAAUGAAACCCCCGAAUUCAGUAAAACAGAUUAGAUCUUUCUUGGGUCAUGCAGGUUAUUACAGAAAAUUUAUUCAAGAUUUUUCGAAAAUUUCUAAACCUCUCACCAUGCUAUUAUCUAAAGAUGUGCCUUUUAAUUUUGAUGAGAAAUGUUUUGAGUCUUUUUCCGAAAUAA